AUGCUCGAGUCUCUCUUACAGCUCGGCGUACCUCUCGACAAGUUCGACACUCAGGCCGAAACGGCACUGCACAUUGCGGCCCACCGUGGCUGCGGGAGGAUAUGCAUCCGCAUCCUGUUGGCGGAAUCCGCGAACCGGGACGUUGAAAGCCGUCUCGGAUGGACGCCACUUAUGAUUGCGGCGAGGUACGGCCAUCUCGAAGCUAUCACGGAGUUGAUACGGGGCGAUGCGCGGCUGGAUCGGAGGGGGUUCCAUGGUUGGACGGCUCUGCACGUCGCAAGCCAGAACGGCCGGGAGGAGGCUUUCAAAUUGCUUGUCGGGGCAGGUGCAAGUCUGGGAAUUGUUGAUAAUGAUGGCUUGAAGGCGAAUGAUGCUCCCGUGGGGAGGGUCAAUCUUCAUUUCCCAUGCCAACGUCUAGAGAGGCAACACAGGCCGCUCGUGUCCCUCGGUAUCCCACUGCCAUGA